AUGAUCUCGAAGCACAGUUUAACGGCAGUGGAUUAUGUAAUUUUUGUGGGAUCCUUGCUGGGAGCCUUGGGUAUUGGAAUCUGGGGGUUCAUAAAAGCAAAGAUGGUUGGGCAAAAAGAGGCAGAUGUGGAAAAUAAAGCUACUUCAACAUCGGGCGCUGAAGCUGAGGACCUCGUUGUAACAAAAGAUUUGGCUCUGAUUCCUGUGGUGCUCUCCUUGGUGGCUUCGUACCAAUCCGCAAUCAUGAUCAUUGGAAAUCCUGCCGAAAUUUACGCAUAUGGUGGCGAAUGGCUCGUGGCUUUCUUCGGCGUCGGACUUGCAAUUAUUGGCGCAUGUUACAUUUACGUUCCAGUCAUGUAUCCUUUGAAUCUCAGCAGUUCUUUUCAGUACUUUGACGUAAGGUACCCGGGAAAGGAAGUGAGGUCAGUUGCUGCUUGCAUCUAUCUGUUGUACAUGUCUUUGUACAUGGGAGUGGCAUUAUUUGCUCCAGUAGUGGCCCUGUCUUCCAUGACAGGGUUCCCCCAGUGGGCCGCCAUCUUAAUUGCUGGAGGAAUUUGUACAAUUUACUCCUCUUUGGGAGGGUUGAGAGGAGUAGUGUGGACAGACGUGUUCCAAAUCACAAUCAUGUUUGUUUCGCUGUUGAGCAUAUGCACCUAUGGCAUUGUGAAAGCUGGAGGAAUCGUUGAGGUUUUUGAGGUGUGCUCGAAAUUCGACAGAUUGAAAGUCUUCAAAGCAAUUUUGCUAAACAUACCUGGAAUUUUCGUGAUCGUCGGGAUCGGGAAUCUCAUGGGGUUCGUCCUAUUUGCCAAUUAUGCGACCUGCGAUCCGAUUUUGACCGGAGAAAUUGACCAAAUCGACGAAAUUCUGCCUUUCUUCAUGCAAGAUAAAAUGGGGCAAAUCGCGGGCAUGGCUGGGCUUUUUAUAGCCAGUCUCUUCGGAGGAGGACUCAGUACAAUGUCUUCUGGAUUGAAUGCCCUGGCUUCAGUGGCUUGGGAGGAUGGAUUGAAAUCUACUAAAUGGGCAACCUCAUUGAGUGCAUCGAAUAAAGUCACUUUGAUCAGAUUUCUUGGUUUCAUAUUCGGCCUGGUUGCAGUUGGACUGGCUUUCAUGAGCAGCAAUCUGGGCAGCAUCAAUCAAGUGAAUGUUACUUUGACAACGACUUUUGCUGCACCUUUAAUGGCCAUGUUCCUAACGUCAAUUUUCCUCCCUUUUGUGAAUAAGCCAGGAGUUCUUGGAGGGGCUCUGGUAAGUUUUGCAGUUGCUUGCUGGAUAGGCUUGGGCAAAUUUUUGCACGAUUUGCCGGCCCCAAUUAGAAUCCCGUCCAGCAUUGAGGAUUGCAAUAAUUCGACUGAUUUCAUGAGUCAAACGCAUUACUACGACAAUCGAUUGUUCAAUCAAAAUAACUCCACGAACGAAUUGAGUGAUGUACAUACCAAGGAUAUUUACCACGUGUCAUAUUUGCUGAAUGUACACUUUGGUCUGUGGUCUGGAGUUUUGGCCACGGUUUUCAUCAGCAUAUUCACAGGUGGACUGAAAAAUACCCACAAGGACAGUGCUGCGUUUCAUCCAUGGAUCAGACGCUUCGUGAAAAACACCGAGUGAUUUUUAGAUAAUUAAUUUUGUUUUUAAUUCUCAAGCAAUUUCGGACUGGAUUUUUAUCGGCUAAUUCAAGUCAUCAGCAGAGAAUGGUGACGAAAGGAUAAAUAUAUUCAAAUUUUAUAUAUGUGGUGUAUAAAAAUAUUAAUUGACAAGAGGACAUGGCAACUCAACCUGAAAGAAGAUAUGAAAAAAACAUCCAGGAG